GCAACGAGAUCCUUCGAGAUCUUCUCCGCCCCCGCUACCGGCGCCCCUCCUGUGGCCGCCGUGCAGAGCCGGCCAGAGCAGAGCUCUCGGCUGCGGCCACACGUCCAAGGACCUAGGUGCUCGCAGAGACACCAGCACGCCCCCCCACUAGUCCCGGUCUUCGGGUCCACGAAACUCGCUCCUCGCGUGCCAGCCCCACCGGGGUCCGUGUCCUGUCUCGCCGGACGGACCCGGGCCCGAGCUGUAGCCGGCGCCAUGUCGGUGGUGGGCAUAGACCUCGGCUUCCAGAGCUGUUACGUCGCUGUGGCCCGCGCGGGCGGUAUCGAGACGAUCGCUAAUGAGUAUAGCGACCGCUGCACGCCGGCUUGCAUUUCUUUCGGUCCUAAGAAUCGUUCAAUUGGAGCAGCAGCUAAAAGCCAGGUAAUUUCCAAUGCAAAGAACACAGUCCAAGGGUUUAAAAGAUUCCAUGGCCGAGCAUUCUCAGAUCCGUUUGUGGAAGCAGAAAAAUCUAACCUUGCGUAUGAUAUUGUUCAGUUGCCCACUGGAUUGACAGGUAUAAAGGUGAGAUAUAUGGAGGAAGAACGAAAUUUUACCACUGAGCAAGUGACUGCCAUGCUCUUGUCCAAACUGAAAGAGACAGCAGAGAAUGUUCUCAAGAAGCCUGUUGUUGAUUGUGUAAUUUCGGUUCCAUGUUUCUACACUGAUGCAGAAAGACGAUCAGUGAUGGACGCAACACAGAUCGCUGGUCUCAAUUGUCUGCGAUUAAUGAAUGAAACUACUGCAGUUGCUCUCGCAUAUGGAAUUUACAAACAAGAUCUUCCUGCCUUAGAAGAGAAACCAAGAAAUGUAGUUUUUGUAGACAUGGGGCAUUCUGCUUACCAAGUUUCUGUAUGUGCAUUUAAUAGAGGAAAGCUGAAAGUUCUGGCCACUGCAUUUAACACAACACUGGGAGGCAGAAAAUUUGAUGAGGUGUUAGUAAAUCACUUCUGUGAAGAAUUUGGGAAGAAAUAUAAGCUAGACAUAAAGUCCAAAAUCCGAGCUUUAUUACGCCUGUCUCAGGAGUGUGAGAAACUCAAGAAAUUGAUGAGCGCAAAUGCUUCGGACCUCCCUUUGAACAUUGAAUGUUUUAUGAAUGAUGUUGAUGUAUCUGGAACUAUGAAUCGAGGCAAAUUUCUGGAGAUGUGUGAUGAUCUCUUAGCUAGAGUGGAGCCACCACUUCGUAGUGUUUUGGAACAAGCCAAGUUAAAGAAAGAGGAUAUUUAUGCAGUAGAGAUUGUUGGUGGUGCUACACGAAUCCCUGCAGUAAAAGAAAAGAUCAGCAAAUUCUUUGGUAAAGAACUUAGCACAACAUUAAAUGCCGAUGAAGCUGUUACUCGAGGCUGUGCAUUGCAGUGUGCAAUAUUAUCGCCUGCUUUCAAAGUCAGAGAAUUUUCUAUUACUGAUGUAGUACCAUAUCCAAUAUCUCUGAGAUGGAAUUCUCCAGCUGAAGAAGGGUCAAGUGACUGUGAAGUCUUUCCAAAAAAUCAUGCUGCUCCUUUCUCUAGAGUCCUCACCUUUUAUAGAAAGGAACCUUUUACUCUUGAAGCUUACUAUAGCUCCCCUCAGGAUUUGCCCUAUCCAGAUCCUGCUAUAGCUCAGUUUUCAGUUCAGAAAGUCACUCCCCAGUCUGAUGGCUCUAGUUCAAAAGUGAAAGUCAAGGCUCGAGUAAAUAUCCAUGGCAUUUUCAGUGUGUCCAGUGCUUCCCUAGUGGAAGUGCACAAGUCUGAGGAAAAUGAGGAACCAAUGGAAACAGAUCAGAAUGCAAAGGAGGAAGAGAAGAUGCAAGUGGACCAGGAGGAACCACAUGUUGAGGAGCAACAGCAGCAGACGCCAGCAGAAAAUAAGGCGGAGUCUGAAGAGAUGGAGACCUCUCAAGCUGGAUCAAAGGACAAAAAGAUGGACCAACCACCUCAAGCCAAGAAGGCAAAAGUGAAGACCAGUACUGUAGACCUUCCUAUUGAGAAUCAGCUAUUAUGGCAGAUAGACAGAGAGAUGCUCAACUUGUACAUUGAAAAUGAGGGUAAGAUGAUCAUGCAGGAUAAACUUGAGAAGGAGCGGAAUGAUGCGAAGAACGCAGUGGAAGAAUAUGUGUACGAAAUGAGGGACAAACUUAAUGGUGAAUAUGAGAAGUUUGUGAGUGAAGAUGAUCGUAACAGUUUUUCCUUGAAACUAGAAGAUACUGAAAAUUGGUUGUAUGAGGAUGGAGAAGACCAGCCAAAGCAAGUUUAUGUGGAUAAAUUGGCUGAAUUGAAAAAUCUAGGUCAACCUAUUAAGAUGCGGUUCCAGGAAUCUGAAGAAAGACCAAAAUUAUUUGAAGAACUAGGGAAACAAAUCCAACAGUAUAUGAAAGUAGUCAGCUCUUUCAAAAACAAGGAGGACCAGUACGACCAUUUGGAUGCUGCCGACGUGGUGAAGGUGGAGAAGAGCAUGAAUGAGGCCAUGGAGUGGAUGAAUAACAAGCUGAAUCUGCAGAACAAGCAGAGUCUGACCAUGGAUCCAGUUAUCAAGGCAAAAGAGAUAGAAGCUAAAAUUAAGGAGCUGAUAAAUACCUGUAGUCCUAUAGUUUCAAAACCCAAACCCAAAGUGGAACCUCCAAAAGAAGAACAAAAAAAUGCAGAGCAGAAUGGACCAGUGAAUGGACAAGGAGACAGUCCAGGGCCUCAGGCUGCUGAGCAGGGUACAGACACAGCUGUGCCUUCAGAUUCUGACAAGAAACUUCCUGAAAUGGACAUUGAUUGAUUCCAACGCUUGUUUAUAUUAAAACAGACUAUUAUAAAGCUUUAAGUUGUCAACUUUGUUCUAAAUAUCAACUAGAGCAAGCAGAUACUAAAGAUUUCUUAGUCAGUUUUUAGGGGACUUCAGGGGAGGGGAUAUAGAUAAUGUUUGGAGCAUUUUUGACUUCUAAAUAGAGAGAUUAAGUGCAUUGUAUCUUUUUUCAUAAUGGUACUAUUUAGAAGCUCAGUUAAUCUUACUGAGUUUAAGCUUCACUCCUUUUAAUUAUGCUUCUAAAAAAGUUUGUUUUGGAAAGUUGAGCUAUAGCAAAAGCUAAAGCUAGCUGUCAAGCAGACUUUUCGUUAUGACAUAUGUGGCAGGAGCUCUAAUUGUGUUUUAGAAUCUGUUGUGGAAGUUGCCACAAAGGCUCCCUGCCUGGUGUGGGGAUAGGGUUGGGCGGGGUGGGUUCUCCCUCUAUUUCUUGAGGGCUAGAGCAUGGCGUGGCAUGGCAUGGAUUAACAUAGAACAAAAAAGGUGUGCUCUGAUCUUUUGCGCACUUUACCUUCACUCCCCCCCUCCCCCCCCAAAAAGAGCUCCCUUUACAAAUGCCAUGUGUUGCUUUUGGGAAAAUAAACCCCCUUACCUGAAGCAAAUCAUUAAGUUUUUAGAUCUGGAGGGUAUUCCUUGGAAGUAUGUUCACUAAUAUCCUAUACAUCAAAGUCUAAAUAAUUUUCUCUUCAGAUGGUUAGAACAGGAUGAUGUAUUGUUGGAUAUAGGCGUGGUAAUUUUAACUGAGGAAUUGAUCCUUGUUAAUUACGGCGUAAAGGUUUGUGUCCUGGUCGGCUUAUUCAGGUGGGAGGUGUUCUGUGUAAAUUUGAAGUCUAGCUUCAACUCCUAGGACAAGAGUUAAAAGUUGUUUUUAGCUCAUUCACAGUCACUUGUGUGUUAGGUGUUAAAAUCUGUCACACAUCUGCCAAUUUGUGUUAAACAGCUGACAGAUCAUACAAAAAACAAAGAUACACUGGGUCAUACUGGAUGAGUCUGAAUUUAGUGUUAAAGAAGUGCACUGCCCGAUGUUAACACCACCUCCUCCUCAUAGCGCACCCAGUGUCAGGUACACCCAAGCAUUCCCUGCCCUUUGGGGCAGCAUUGAUAGGAAUGAGGCAAGUUGGGCAUCUGUUAACACUGGUAUUAGAGGCCAGAGCUGGUACCUACCCUAGAAACUGUUAUAAGCCUUAUUGAGUACGUUUUGGAUCUUUGUAAUAAUUAAUGUUCUGUAUAACAGAGUGCCUCUCUGUUAGUUUCGGCCUGUGUUGUUAGAAAUAAGAUCAUGCCUUUUAUAUUUAGCAUAAGUUUCUGUCUGUCUCUACGCUGAAACAUUUUAGGGUGUUAAAAGCCCUAAAGUGCUACAAACAAACAGUGCUUAGUUAGAGAGGAUUAACUUGGAAGUAUGUAUAUGUUGGUAUGGAAGCAUGCAUGGAAGCCUGCGUCAUCAGGACUGGGGCCCUGUCCUUAGACCAUCCUCUAUUCAUUCUCUGGCUGUCACGCUUCAAGAGUUCAAGCCGGCCAGUGGCUACUUUGAAGUGCUGGCUGCAGGAUUAAGCCAACUCUGAUGCAACUGACUCAGUUCUUAACGACCAUUUCUUCUAAAACAAUCCUUUUUGUUGGGGGGCGGGGGGUGUUUGGGUGCUGGGAUGGGGGUGAACUUGAAGUUUAAAGUUAGAAAUAAGAUGAUGUGGUCUACUUGCUCUCUGUUUAGACAGGCUGUAAGACCAAUUGGAUUUUCGUGGAGGCCAGGUUAGAGUGUGAUAAUUGUGUGCAUUUAUUCAGGUUGCUAUCCAAAUUGGUUUGUAAAAGCUCCAGGUCAUGUUCUUACACUAAGAAAAAUACUCAGUAAACAUGAGACAAAUUUAGAAAAAACGAAUAAAAGAAACCUGUCUUACACUGAAA